GCGCGCGAGCAAAGUGCAAACCGCAGUCUAUUUUUAGCUCUUUCUGUGAAAUCGCAUGUACAAUUAAUAUACAUAUAUAUAUACACCGUAUCGUAUGUGUCAAUUGUUGCCUAUGUAUAGUCAAUCAAGUGCUGAGCUUGCGCGACAGCUGAAAGAAAAGCGAUGGAAUAGAGAGAAAACAUCACCAAAUGUACCUGAUUGAGAAACUUAGCGGGUGUCAUUGCUUGUUUUGAUGCUUUUUAUCAUGGCUUGCAGUGAUGACGAUGGCACGUGAUAACGAGGAUUUGUUGAUAAACAAAGGGAUAGUUUGUUAUUAGUUAGUCGCUAAAGAGAAUAUUUAAUAUAGAUCAUAGUGCUAUACGCAUACCUGAUUUAAAGUACAUUCACAUAAAAAUGUAUAUAAAAAUAAGAAAUUGUAAUAAUUUUGAAGAACUUGAAAUUUCAAUUGUCAAGUCAGCAACGAUAGCAAAGCUUAAGAAAGAAAUUGAGAAACAACUAGCAAUAAAUUCAGAAUUACAAAGACUUUAUUUUAGUGGGAAACAUUUAGAAGAUGAAAAUACUCUGUAUGAUUACAAUAUAAGGAAAAAUGAUGUGAUACAAUUUAUGGUCAAGUCUGAUAAGAUGGUAACAGAAAAUUUGGAAUCGCCAAAAGUAGAUAAAAACAAAAAUGAUGUUAAUUAUGAAGAGAAGAAAGAGAAAGAAAUGGAAAUUGUAGAAGAUGCUGUAAGCGAUUGUUACGCUGUUGGAGAUGCUGUUGAUUGUGUUGAUUUAAAGUAUGGUGCAUGGUUUGAAGCAACAAUCACAAGAAUAUGUUACAAAAAUAAGAAAUUAGUUUAUUUUGUCAAAUGGGACCUGGUAGAUUAUGCACAGCCCUUUCAAGUUGAUGAGGAUUCAAUUCGACCAAGAGCUUGUCGUAUAAUACCAGAAAAUGAUUUAGUGGUUGGUCAAAAAGUAAUGAUCAACCACAACUUAGAUGAUGCAAGCCAGGUGGGUCAUUGGUAUGAUUUUGAAAUUAAAAGAAUUUCUGCUGCAAAAAAGAACCGUGCUUUUUUUGGUACUUUAUUUUUAGGAAACAAUGCGCAAUCACAAAUAUAUCGUACUGUAAUCUUCAAUAGUGAAGUUUAUGCAAUAGAAAAACCAAAGCCAUUGAAAGAUAGAAAUGAAAAUGAUUCUAAUUUUAUUAGUAAUAUUAGGAGAAUUGUAGCUCCAGAAUGUUCAAAAUGUUUUGAUAAAUUAGAUGUAAAAUGCAAAGAAUGUGGCUGUAAAGUUUGUGGAGGCAAAGACAAUCCAGAUCAAAUUAUACUCUGUGAUGAAUGCGAAGAUGAAUAUCACAUAGGCUGUUUAACUCCUGCUCUUCCUAAAGUGCCUGAAGAAGAUUGGUAUUGUCCAAGAUGUAAAACCGAUGAUACAGAAAUUAUAAAGAUGGGAGAAAAAAUAAAAAAAAGACAGAAAAAAAAUGGUUAUAAAAAAAGUUAUAAAAUAAUGUAUGUAAAAAAAGAGAAACGUUACCCAACUGUUCGUAAAGAUCACAGAGGACCAAUACCUGGUAUAGAAGUUGGCACAACCUGGUGGAAUAGAGUUAAAUUGGCUGAAGAUCGAGUGCACAUGCCUCCAAUAGCUGGGAUUCAUGGCAGGGAAAGUGAUUGUGCUUAUUCCAUAAUACUCUCUGGUGGAUAUGGAGAUAUAGAUAAUGGAAUUGAAUUUAUUUACACAGGUUCUGGUGGAAGAGAUGUAUUAGGUAAUAAACAAAAUUCACAUCAAACUUUAACACGUGCAAAUAAAGCCUUGGCUCUGAAUUGUAGAGCAAAAUUUAAUGAUCAAGAAGGAGCUGUGGCAACUGAUUGGCGAGCUGGUAUACCAGUGAGAGUAGUAAGAAGUUAUAAAUUAUCUAAAUACAGCAAAUAUGCACCAAGCGAAGGCAAUAGAUAUGACGGUCUUUACAAAGUUGUAAAGUAUUAUCCUGAAUAUGAUGAAGAUGGUUUUAGGCUAUGGAGAUAUCUUUUGCGCAGAGAUGACCCAUUACCUCCUCCAUGGACGCCAGAAGGUAAAAGAAGAAUAGCCGAACUUGGUUUGAAAAUGCGAUAUCCUGAUGGUUAUGAGAAAAAAAAUCUCGAAAAAAAGAUCGAAAAACCAGAAAAGAAACUGAGCAUAAGAAACAAUGCCAAUGAAGUGAAAGAUACGCAACCAAAGAAAAAACAAAAAGUCGAGCCAUAUCACCUUGAUAGUAAUGUAUCAGAGUUGAUUGAUAAGGACGUUGUGAAUGCUAAACUAUGGCAAGCAUGCAAGUCUUACUUAGCUAGUGGAAAAGCUUGCUUCCAAAAUCAAGUUUCUAAAUCUUUGCAAUGUGUUUGUUGCCACGAUUUAGUUUUUAAACCCGUGACUACACCUUGUGCACAUAAUAUUUGUCAGAGCUGCCUCAAAAAGAGUUUUGUGGCAGGCGUAAAUUGUUGUCCAACAUGUCGUUUCAAACUUAAAAAAAAUCUUAAGCUUCCCAUUAAUAAAGAUCUUGCAAUGAUUUUAAUAUUGCUCUUUCCUGGGUAUGAAAGAGGAAGAAAAUAAUGAAAAAUUUUAUAAUUAUUUUAAAGGUUUGUUUUAUAAGCACUGUAGAUAUCAACUUGUUACUAAAGUUUUGUUAAUAGCACAUUUAUUACUAGAGUAAUAUGAUGGUGCAUUUAAUGAAAAUUUACAAAUAAUUUUGAUAAUUUAUUUAGGAUUAGAAAUGCCUUAACUAUUUCUAAAAGUCAAAGUUUUGUUUGAAUAUAUACAGAUGUAGACAAUCAGUUUAUUAUUAUUGAAGAAUAUUUUAAUAUUUAUCAUUUUAUAACGGUUUACUUACAUUUCUUUAAUGCAAAGUAUAAGAAAUUCAACUAUAAUAAAUGUAGUUAACAAUUGUUCAACUAUCUCAUUCAUGGUUACUGAAUUCAAAAAGUUGUAACAGUCUAUAUUGCUGUGCAAAUAUAUACACACACACACACACACACACACACAUAUAUAUAUAUAUAUAUAUAUAUAUAUAUAUAUAUAUAUAUAUAUAUAUAUAUAUUAAAUAUAUUAAAUGUUGAGAUGGAAUAGUGAUACUAUAAAUAAGAAUUUAUAAACAAAAAAAGACAAGAAUUACGAUAAUUAAAAAAUUGGGAAAUAUUUAUUCAAAGAAUAUAAACAUUGUUACCUUAAAAAGCAUUGUAAUAAAUGUAUACUUAUUUUACAUUUUAAUAAAGUUGAUAUUAAUAUA